CUCCACUCUCCUCCAUCUCCAACCAACUGCACCCGCCUUUGCUGGCCGCAUACUGCAUAGAUAUCUCAGGCUGUCAACUCCGAGUCAGUGUUCACGGCCCUUCGACUCAGGCGUGUAGGGCGGGUAGGAGCGGUGCCGUUCCCCACGAUCUGACUCAGCACGCCCUCGGCUUGAAUAAAUUGGACGAAGAGUCGCGGAAAGCAUUCAUCGCCUUUACUCGCCCUACAUUCAUGUCUGCAGCUAUAACCUCGACGUCGCAAGAGACGGGCCCUAAUCCCACGCCGUCACGAAACCGAAAACCUAAGGGACAUCCUCGAGGAGAGUUCUCUGCUCCUUCCGCCCCUGCUGGUCCAUCUACUGCUAGGGAGCAGCCGAGGUGGCAGAGAAGGCCUGCUGCAGAGACUGGGGAUAGGUCAAUGCAGAAUGCUGGUCCUGUCCGCGGCGCGGGCGUGGACGCUGUCAAUACCAAUGGUUCAGGAAGUCCCUCACAGUCCAGGUCUGGCAGCCGCCCGCCACGCCGCCGUCAUCGAGCGAAUAAAGAUGCGCAAGGCGGGCAGUCUAAUACAGCUGGGGUAGCAAGGGCACCCAUCUCCUCUUCUGGAGACGCUGGUACCACGUCGGAGAAGCCAUCUGCUGCGACCACGGGGAAGAAGACGAAUCGUCGCGGGGCCAAGUUCAAGGGUUCCCUGUCGGAGACUACGUCUAGCAAUGCAGUCGACGGUAAAUCCGCAACAGACUCCAAACCUUCUGAUAAAUAUCGUGUCGCGGUCCCCAAGGGCGACGACCUCACUUCGAGGCUGAUUUACGAACUCUCCACGCCACCUUUCCCCGACUGUCUCAUCUGCUUCGCUCCCAUGCACCCAGCUCAACCCACCUGGUCGUGCUCACCGUCCAACCCUGUCUCAACGAUCCUCGACGACGAUUCGGAGCACCGACGCGCCGGCGAAACCGCGCAGUGCUGCUGGACGACAUUUCACCUGAAGUGCAUUCGAUCCUGGGCAGCCAAGAGCGUCAAGGACAUCGUCGAGGCAUGGCGGGCUCGAGGAGAGGAGCGAGAAGGUGUAUGGCGGUGCCCUGGGUGUCAGUCAAAGCGGGUUCCGGUACCUAGCAGCUAUUGGUGCUUCUGCGGAUCGACCCCCGAGCCCAAAUCAUCCCGUCUAGCGACCCCGCACUCGUGCGCUAAUCCGUGUUCGCGGCCACGCGUCUGUGGGCACGCCUGUCCCCUAUUCUGCCAUCCCGGCCCUUGUCCUCCCUGCCAAGUAACGACCUCGCUACCCUGUCACUGUGGAAAGGAUACUCUCAUGUUCCGGUGCUCCAGCCUGGCACCUAGCAAGGCGACCAACAGGGCCGCCGCCGAGCUUUCCUGUGGAAAACGAUGCGGGCGCAAGCUCAGGUGUGGUAACCAUGAAUGUGAGGACAUCUGUCACCUAGGACCAUGUGGCCCCUGCAACGUACGCGACCUCGUCAAGUGCUACUGUGGACGCGAAGAGAAGGAGGUACCCUGUGGUGACGGUGAGGAGCAUCAGUGUGCCCUCGAUGAUGGAGGGAAGGAGACUAGAUGGGUCGGUCGUUACCAGUGCAGCCAUCCCUGCGACAGACCGUUCGACUGUGGUAUACACCGCUGCGCUAAGCCAUGCCACUCACCUUCACCGACUCCCGCUUCUUGCCCGCGCUCUCCGUCCGUCGUCGCGCAUUGUCCAUGUGGCAAGCACUCGCUCGACCCGUCCUCGGCGUCACACUUCCCACCGGGAACAAAGUUGCCCCGCACGACGUGUACGGAUCCCAUCCCGACCUGCGAAUCGAUCUGCAUGAAGCUACUCGAAGGGUGCGAUCAUGCCUGUGCGGUACGGUGUCACACUGGCUCUUGCCCGCCGUGUACGAUCAUGAUUGUCCGGCCGUGCCGCUGUGGCUCGACGACACGAGACAUCCCCUGUUUCGAGGCUCGUUCUUCCGAAGAGGGCGGGGAAGAGAUUCUUUGCAGCAAGCCAUGCGGCGCUCUGCGUGCGUGCGGGAGGCAUCAAUGCAACCGCCUGUGUUGCCCGCUGGCCACCGUCGCAAACGCGACGAAAGGGAAAGGGAAGGGAAAGAAGUAUGCCCAGGACUCUCGCAUCCUGGACGAGGCUGGCUGGCACGAGUGCGACCUGCCCUGCGGAAAGUUGCUCGCAUGCGGGAAUCACUAUUGUGAGCUCCGUGAUCACCGCGGCGCUUGUCCCUCUUGUCUGCGGAGCUCGUUUGAAGAGAUGAUUUGCAACUGCGGGCACACCAUUCUCGAGCCUCCCAUCCCGUGCGGGACGCGAAUCAACUGCCACUUCCCAUGUGCUCGUCCACCGCUGCCUUGCGGUCACCCGAAGGCCCAGCAUGCCUGUCACGAAGACCCGAUGCCGUGCCCCCCAUGUCCGUUCCUUGCCAGCAAGCGCUGUGCCUGCGGCAAGAAGACGGUGGAUAACGUCCGCUGCUCGCAGGAGAAGGUGUCGUGUGGAACGCCCUGCGGGAAGCUACUCUCGUGCGGUUUCCAUCACUGCGAGCGACUCUGCCACGGCGAUGAGUGUGGGCCGUGCCAUGCGACAUGCGGAAAGCCGAGGAAGCUCUGUUUGCCUGCGCUGCAUCCUUGCGCUCAUCCAUGCCACGCACCUGCCGCAUGCGACGAGAGCGAACCCUGUCGUGCGAUUAUCCACAUUUCUUGUCCGUGUGGGCGCAUCCGACAGCCGAUCGCUUGUGGGCGGAGCAUGAGCAACACAGCCGGACGAGAGGGCUCGCAGUCGCUGAAGUGCUCGAACGAGUGCAUGGUAGCGAAACGCAAUGCGCGGCUGGCUGAGGCGCUCGGCAUCAAUCCCGACAAGACGGGUCCCGCGAAGGAGGUUGUGUACAGCGACGAGUUGCUCACCAUCGCGCGUCGCGAGCCCAAGUUCUGCCAGAUGGUCGAGAAGAGUUUCGCGGACUUCCUCAGCUCGGAGAAGAAGAGUCAGGUAUUGGCGCACAUGCCGGAGCCGAGGCGUAAGUUCGUGCAAGCGCUGGCGGGCAUAUACCGUUUGGACAGCCAGAUCGUCGACCAAGAACCCAACCGCAGCGUGCAACUCAUCCGGAGGAUCGAUACCCGCACACCAACCCCUCUACUCUCCGUCGCCGCUGCUGCCGCGCCUACGACCAGUAUGCCUACACACAAUCUGGGGAAGCUCACCGACCUGCGCAGUCCUGGGUCGGGACUCCAGCCUCUUAACAGACCGAAAGCGAUCCCUGCGCCUGUGUCGACCCCAGCACCGGUCUGGAGCGCAAGUGCCGGAAGUUCUUCCGUGGGAGGUUGGAGAGCGGUUGUGACUGGUCAGACCCCGCAGUCGCAGCGCCGGCCUGCGAAUGCGUGGGGCUCGCCAACGAGCAGCGCGUCCCGGCCUCCUUCUCGUCCGACGGCCCCUGCGACACCACUCAGAGUGUCGCCAACGCCUGCUGCUUCCUCGACGAGCGUGCAGGCCCCAGCAGAUGUACCUAAUGAUUGGGAGGAUGACGUUUGAGUAAUAGAUGGACUGGACACGUAGAAAUAGAUUGCAUGUAACAACACGCCAAGUAACUUAUCCUUACUAGCCAAUGCGAAACGAAAGCGAAGGUCGAUUUCACAAA